CUCAUUUCCAUCCUGCGUAACAUCAUUUGAGAUGGUUGGUGAGUGUAUACCAAUACAGAAUUGCAGCGUUAUGAUGAAUAUAGUAUUAAAAGCCAAUCCAACACAAGCUGAAAUAGUUUUGUUGCGAGCUAAUCAAUGUGGAUAUGACAACAAAGUUCCUUUGAUAUGUUGCCCAAAGCUGGAAGUACCACUAGCGCACGCAGACACAACCACAACCAAAAUUGAAAUUGGAACAGAAAAUGGACCUGGAAUUGAAGUCCCCGGCAAUGAAACAUGCGUGACUCCAAAUGGCGCACUUGGUGACUGUAUAGCUUUGGAAAACUGCAAUUCUUUAUUGAAACUUCAUCAAAAAGAAAGCCUAACCCAAGAAGAGUUACAAUAUUUAGUAGAAUGCGAAUGUGAGAGCCCAAAUUCAGAGGAAGUGAGAGUUUGUUGCCCCAAAACGUUAGAGAUAGUGGAAGAAGAGGUGAGAACUACUACAACAGCUACUCUGGUGGAGAGAAAAUGCGAAACUCCCAAUCAAGUGGCUGGUAUUUGCUUAUCACUCAUUCAGUGCAAAUCUUUAAUGAAAAUAAUGCACAAAAAUGAGUUUUUCGAGAAUGAUAUGCAAUACUUGCGUGCCAGUUUUUGUGCAGAUGCAGAUAGAUUUCCGAUGGUUUGUUGUCCCGAUAUUUCAAUGACUGAAUAUACAUUUUUACCAAUGCCUCCGUACUGCGGAAAAGUAUUAGUAGAAAAUAAUUCCGAUGAUACUGCUACCACAACAACAGAUAUCGAUGAAUAUCCCUGGACGGCAUUUCUCGUCUACACUAAUCCAAGAGGUCAACUCAGUUUUCCCUGUGGAGGUACGCUUAUCCACGAGCAUUUUGUGCUCACCGCUGCGCAUUGUCUUGAAGUGGAAGCUGGUAUUAGUAAGUUAACUGGCGUACGCUUGGGUGAAUGGGCUACUCAAGUGAGUAAGGAUUGUCAAAGUAAAAAUGCCGAACACGAAAUCUGCGCACCCACACAAUAUGAUGUGGCUGUAGAAAAGUUGAUUACUCAUCCAGAAUACAAUUCGACAAAUAACGACUUAGCACUGCUGCGCUUAGCUGAAGUAGUUUCAUUUACUCGCUUCAUUAGUCCGAUAUGUUUGCCUUUCGACAGUAGCCACCUUGCGUAUCCUUCGGUAGACACCACUAUGUACGUUGCCGGUUGGAGCGCAAAGAGCGCGAGUGAAAUAAGCAGCUUUAAAAUGAAGUCUUCUCUUGCGGUGCAAAAUUUGACAGCAUGCAUGAUCCAAUAUUCUACUACGGCUGGCGUUAAUUUGACCGAUCGUCACAUCUGCGCAGCUGGUAAAAGUGCGGCUGACAGCAUCGUAGUUGACUCGGGUGGAGCUUUGAUGAAUUUAGUGGAGAUCGGGAAAGUUCAAUCGUAUUUUUUAGUUGGCGUGAACACAUUGAGUUAUGAAUACUCACUGAGGAGAGGUUUUUCUGGUGUUUAUACGCAUAUUGGCGCCUAUCUGGAUUGGAUAAGAAAUGAAAUUAAGAACAACUAAAUAAAUAUUCGAUAUAUUCGAAAUUGAAAUAGAACUAUAUUAUGCGAAGAAGAUGUGCCUUCUGAGAAAUUGGACCAUUUGUGAAAAUACUGCAGUGGGCAGCGCUCCUUAAAAAUUUUCUGACGAUGCAAAUUUUUAAUUAAA